AUGGGCGAAUCUAAGUAUGAGCCGGGCGUGCUCACUGUGGAGGCAAAGCCCUAUUCCUUUACCUUCCCAAUGAAAACCACUGCGUUACUCGUCAUCGAUAUGCAACGAGACUUUAUAUGCAGUGGAGGUUUCGGAGAAAUCCAAGGAGGUAAUCUUAAGGCAGUACAGGAUUCAGUUGCCCCAACUAAGGCGCUGCUCAACGCAUGUCGCAACGCAGGGCUGCAAAUCUUCCAUACCAGGGAAGGACAAGUUCCUUCUCUGGCUGACUGUCCUUCGUCCAAACUCAUUCGCCAAUCAGCCUCACCGGCCAAUACCCAGCAUCUGAAAGUCAUUGGAGACAAGGGCGAAAUGGGCCGCCUCUUGGUUCGUGGAGAGUUUGGGCAUGAUAUUGUUGAUGAGCUGCAGCCACUGGCAUCGGAAGUGGUCAUCGACAAGCCUGGAAAAGGAUCGUUCUGGAACACACCAAUCCUUCAUAGACUGAAGGCCCAAGGGAUCACUCAUCUCCUGGUCGCCGGCGUCACAACCGAGUGUUGCUUCACCACUACCAUCAGAGAGGCCAACGACCGAGGGUUCGAGUGCUGUGGCAUUCUGCAGUGCACGGCGGGUUAUAACGCCGCGCUCGCCACAGCCUCGCUGGGCAUGAUCUAUUGGUCACAGGGCUUGUUCGGAUUUGUCGCAGAGCUCCAGCCUGUUCUCGACGCGCUUUCUCCCUGGCAGAAAUUGAGCAAUGAUACCAGCACACCGCCUCAAACGCCCCCAGUGUGGGAUGGCAAUCUUGGAAUUGCUGACCUGCAGACGUCUUACAAGAAUGGCUUGUCUCCAGCAGAGCUAGCUAACGUCUUGUAUGAUCGAAUUGAGAAAUAUGACCUCGUCAAUCCGGCUGUGUGGAUAAAGCGGCAGUCACGCGACGAUGUUCUGGCCUCAGCCCGGCGUCUGAUGGAACUCUACCCUGAUCGAAACUCCUUGCCGCCGUUGUUCGGCGUCCCGUUCACGGUCAAGGAUUCGAUUGACGUCCAAGGGAUUGAGACCACGACAGCAUGUCCACCCUUGGCAUUCAUGGCCACCAAAUCCGCGGCAUGCUACCAAAAAGUCAUUGGCCAGGGGGGACUGUAUCUGGGUAAGGUCAACCUGGACCAGUUGGCAACGGGCCUGAGCGGGUGCAGGAGCCCCUAUGGAAUUACCCAUUCAGUUUUCAGUGAUACACACAUAUCUGGGGGCAGCAGCAGCGGGAGUUGUGUCAGCGUUGGGGCCGACUUGGCGACAUUUUCUCUCGCGACAGACACUGCUGGCUCUGGACGGGUGCCUGCUGGAUUCAACGGGGUGGUUGGGUUCAAACCGACUCGAGGCUUGGUGUCGUUUGCCGGUGUCACCCCAGCUUGUUUGUCGUUGGAUUGCAUUGCCUUGAUCGCCCGGACCGUAGAAGAUGCGCGCACGCUGUGGCAGGUUUGCGAAGGAUACGACGAAAACGACCGAUACUCUCGAGACACCUUCCCCGCUGAAAGACAUGUCAACGCGCUGGGCAGUCAGCGUGACACGUUUCAGUUUGGCAUCCCACCACCGGAGGUUCUCGAGAUCUGUUCGCCCACCUACCGCAAGUUAUUCACAGAAGCCGUACAACGCUUGCAGAGCAUGGGUGGACGUCUGGUGCCCGUUGACUGGACUCCGUUCCAGGCAGCAGGGGAUUUGUUAUACGGAGGCACCUUCGUCUCCGAGAGACUUGCCAGUCUGCCUGAAGACUUCUUAGAGAAGAACAGAACACGCCUGCACCCGGUUAUCGUGGAGCUGUUUGACCAAGUUGUCGCACGACAAAGCACGGCGGUCCAAUUGUUCCGCGAGCUACAAACCAAAGCUCGGUGCACACAACAAGCCACAGCGCAGUUCGCAUCCGCAGACAAGCUAGGAAUCGACGUCUUGGUGGUGCCAACCACACCAGAACAUCCUACCAUCGAAGCCAUGCUGGGCGAUCCCAUCAAACUGAAUGCGAAGAUGGGCACCUUUACUCAUUUUGGCAAUGUGUUGGAUCUCUGUGCAGUGGCUUCACCGGCGGGGUCGUACCUCGAGAGCGAGGCUGGACCGCAGCUCCCGUUCGGCAUCACUUUCUUGGGCAGCCGAUGCACCGACAGUGAGGUGCUACGUAUAGCUGGUCGGUUCCAAGAGAUGAUGACGCGGGAGGCUUCUUGA